GAGAAUAUAUCCCGUGACAAUAACGGACUCCUCCAGCAAUUCCGACACAUCUGAGCCUUCAGUCUGGAGUGCUCUUGAAUCACUCGCUUGAAGAUUGCAUCUGAAGAGCUCAUUGGAAGGGAACUGUUUUAUUACGGGUGAGGCACGUUUAACGGGGGCUUCAGGAGUCACGCAGCAGGGCCCAAUGGGAGCAUGGAAGCUGGCCAAGGUGGUGCUUUGGUGGGCCGCAGUCUAUUCGGUGCAGACACAAGGCGAUGGAGACAUCCAGGCCAGCCGAUUCACUGGAAAACCUGAGGGGGAGGUCCAACAGAGGGUCCGUCGGCGAGGCCAGGAGUCCCUCAGGGGGCCCAAUGUAUGUGGCUCACGCUUCCAUUCCUAUUGUUGUCCAGGAUGGAAAACACUCCCCGGAGGAAACCAGUGUAUAGUUCCAAUCUGUAGGAACUCGUGUGGAGAUGGCUUUUGCUCCAGGCCCAACAUGUGUACCUGCUCCAGUGGUCAUCUUGCCCCCAGCUGUGGGGCAGCCACAGUCCAGUCCUGCAGCGUCAGAUGUAUGAACGGAGGAGUUUGUAAUGAAGACGCCUGCUCGUGUCAGAAGGGCUACACAGGAACUCACUGUGGACAGCCUGUGUGUGAGAAUGGAUGUCAAAAUGGCGGUCGUUGUAUCGGGCCAAACAGAUGCGCCUGUGUCUACGGUUUUACUGGACCUCAGUGCGAGAGAGACUAUCGGACCGGGCCUUGCUUCACACAGGUCAACAACCAAAUGUGCCAGGGUCAACUGAGUGGCAUUGUGUGCACCAAGACACUUUGCUGUGCAACCAUUGGCCGAGCGUGGGGUCACCCUUGUGAAAUGUGCCCUGCCCAGCCGCACCCUUGCCGAAGGGGCUUCAUACCCAACAUUCGGACUGGUGCAUGCCAAGAUGUGGAUGAGUGUCAGGCCGUUCCUGGACUGUGUGCUGGAGGGAACUGCAUUAACACCGUGGGAUCUUACGAGUGCAAAUGUCCCGCAGGCCAUCGGCAGAGUGAAACCAACCAGAAGUGUGAAGAUAUCGAUGAAUGCACAACUAUAUCCGGCGUGUGUGAUGGUGGAGAAUGUACCAAUACCGCCGGCAGUUACGUGUGCACCUGUCCGCGAGGGUAUGUCACCAGCACUGAUGGAUCCAGAUGUGUUGAUCAACGUAUUGGUACUUGUUUCUCGUCUUUGGCGAACGGUCGCUGUGCGGGUGAAUUGGCCGGUCAGUACACUAAGAUGCAAUGCUGCUGUGAAACGGGUCGCUGUUGGGCGCUCGGACAUAUUCCAGAGAUGUGCCCUGUCAGAGGUUCAGACGAAUACAGACGGCUUUGCAUUCAGAGGCUUCCUUUUGGAACUGGCAACGGUGGUAGCAUCCACGGCGGUACCAUCAACGGUGGCAGUUUCAAUGGUGCCGAUUUCAACAGCGGUGGUUUCAACGGAUACGGCAUCAAAGUUCCUGCGCAAAAUGGAAAUGGGGGCGGCUACCCAUCUGGAGGCAUCGGUGGUGACACAACUGGAAACGGCAACGGCGGCACGAAGACGCAAAUCAGCCAGUUGAACGAGACUACCAUCGACGUGUGCAAGCAUUUCACCAACCUGUGCCUGAACGGACGCUGUAUUCCAACGCCAACAAGAUACCGAUGUGAAUGCAACAUGGGUUACAGGCAGGAUGUACGCGAAGAAUGCAUUGAUGUGGACGAAUGCAUAAGUAACCCUUGUGUGAAUGGAGACUGUGUCAACACUCAAGGAUCGUACCAUUGCAAGUGUCAUGAGGGAUACCAGGGCACCCCUACCAAGCAAGCCUGCAUUGACAUUGACGAGUGUAUCGUGAAUGGGGUGAUGUGUCGAAACGGCCGCUGCGUAAACACAGACGGCAGUUUCCAGUGCAUCUGUAAUGCUGGCUUUGAAAUCAGUCCGGAAGGCAAGAACUGCAUCGACCAUGAUGAAUGUGCCACCACUAACAUGUGCCUCAAUGGCAUGUGUAUAAAUGAAGAUGGAAGCUUCAAGUGUAUCUGCAAACCAGGAUUUGCUUUGGCACUCAAUGGACGCUAUUGCACUGACAUCGAUGAAUGCCAGACUUCGGGUAUCUGUAUGAAUGGCCGCUGUGUAAACACCGAGGGCUCUUUUCGCUGCGAGUGCCCACCAGGUCUGGCCAUCGACAUGGACGGGCGGGUGUGCGUGGACACCCACAUGCGCACAACCUGCUACGGGGCCAUAAAAAUGGGCACCUGUUCUCGCCCGUUUCCCGGAGCAGUGACGAAGUCUGAGUGCUGCUGUGCCAACCCGGAGCACGGAUUCGGAGAGCCUUGCCAACCCUGCCCUGCUUUCAACUCAGCUGAGUUCCAGGCGGUGUGCAGCAGCGGGCCUGGAAUCACCGCAGACGGGCGAGACAUCAAUGAAUGCGCUCUGGAUCCAGACAUCUGCCAGAACGGAAUCUGCGAAAACCUGCGCGGGAGCUACCGUUGCAUCUGCAACAUCGGCUACGAGUCCGACGUCAGCGGCAAAAACUGCGUGGACAUUAACGAAUGUUUGGUGAAUCGUUUGUUGUGCGAUAAUGGAAUGUGCCGAAACACACCUGGCAGUUACACCUGCUCUUGCCCUAAAGGAUUUUCCUUCAAAGCAGACUCCGAAACAUGUGAAGACAUCAACGAAUGCGACUCAAACCCCUGUAUUAAUGGCAUUUGUCGCAACGUGGCCGGUUCCUUCAACUGCGAAUGUUCUCACGGGAGCAAGUUGGACUCUACAAACACCAUUUGCGUGGACAGCAUGAAAGGCACCUGCUGGUUAAAUAUUCAGGAUGGACGCUGUGAGGUGAAUAUAAACGGGGCAACGCUGAAGUCGGAGUGCUGUUCAACGCUUGGGGCGGCCUGGGGAAGCCCGUGUGAACGCUGUGAAGUUGAUACGGCCUGCUCGAAAGGUUUCGCCCGGAUGAAAGGACUCGUGUGUGAAGAUAUUAAUGAGUGCGAGGUAUUCCCUGGUGUGUGUACGAACGGCCGCUGUGUGAACACCCAGGGCUCGUUCCGAUGCGAGUGUCCGGAGGGACUUACACUGGACGGAGCCGGACGAACUUGUGUCGAUAUCCGUAACGAGCUGUGUUACAUGAAGUGGGACGAAGAUGAAUGUGUCGAGCCGUUAACGGGCCGGUACCGUGUUGAUAUGUGCUGUUGUACGGUGGGUGCGGCAUGGGGUGUGGACUGUGAGGCGUGUCCCAAACCUGGCACGCCCGAAUUCAAAACCAUCUGCCCACGUGGACCUGGAAUUGCCAACCGGGGGGAUAUCCUGACAGGAAGACCCUUCUACAAAGAUGUAAAUGAAUGUAAGGUCUUCAGAGGUCUGUGCACUUAUGGAACGUGCCGGAACACCAUUGGAAGCUUCAAGUGCCGCUGUGACAACGGUUUCGCUCUUAACAUGGAGGAGAGAAACUGCACAGAUAUUGACGAGUGCACCAUCUCUCCUGACCUCUGCGGUCACGGCACAUGCGUCAACACGCCGGGGAGCUUUGAGUGUGAAUGUUUUGAUGGUUAUGAGAGCGGCUUUAUGAUGAUGAAGAACUGCAUGGAUGUUGAUGAAUGUGAGCGAGACCCUCUGCUUUGUCGUGGGGGCACGUGUGUGAACACAGAGGGCAGUUAUGAGUGCGACUGCCCCCCAGGACACCAGCUUAGUCCAGACGGAUCUGCCUGUGAAGAUGUGAACGAAUGUCUGUUAAGUGACAAUCUGUGUAAGAACGGUCAAUGUGUGAACAUGGUGGGCACCUACCAGUGCUCAUGUGACACGGGUUACCAGGUCACGCCCGACAGACAGGGCUGUGUUGAUAUUGACGAGUGCACCAUCAUGAACGGCGGUUGCGAUACACACUGUACGAACUCCGAGGGCAGUUACGAAUGUAGUUGUAGUGAAGGUUACGCCCUCAUGCCUGACCUCAGGACCUGCGCUGAUAUCGACGAAUGCGAAGACACGCCUGACAUUUGCGACGGCGGCCAGUGUACGAACAUCCCCGGAGAAUAUCGUUGCCUCUGUUAUGACGGCUUCAUGGCUUCCAUGGACAUGCGCACCUGUAUCGACGUUAACGAAUGCGACCUGAACCCAAAUAUCUGUCUCCAUGGAGACUGUGAAAACACCAAGGGUUCCUUCAUCUGCCACUGUCAGCUGGGAUACUUCGUCAAAAAAGGCUCCACCGGUUGCACUGAUAUCGACGAAUGUGAGAUCGGCGCGCAUAACUGCGACAUGCACGCUGCUUGCGUCAACGUUCCAGGGAGCUUCAAAUGUCGUUGUCGUGACGGAUGGGAAGGCGACGGAAUCAAAUGCAUUGAUGUUGAUGAGUGCGUCACUGAGGAACACAACUGUAACCCGAACGCCGACUGCAUGAACACACCAGGGUCGUAUCGCUGCACCUGUAAAGAAGGAUACAACGGAGAUGGCUUCACCUGCUCUGAUAUGGAUGAAUGCGCGGACAAUGUGAAUCUUUGUGAGAACGGUCAGUGUUUGAACGCCCCCGGUGGAUACCGCUGUGAAUGUGAGAUGGGCUUCACCCCCACUGAAGACAGCAAAGCCUGCCAAGAUAUCAACGAGUGUAACUUCCAGAACAUCUGCGUGUUCGGAUCAUGUCAGAACUUGCCUGGAAUGUUCCGCUGUGUGUGUGACUACGGAUACGAGCUGGACCGCAGCGGAGGAAACUGCACAGAUAUCAACGAGUGUUUUGACCCUGUGAACUGCAUCAACGGUCUGUGUGUGAAUCUGCCCGGCAGUUAUCUGUGUAACUGCCCUCCAGACUUCGAGCUGAACCCUACAGGAGUCGGCUGUGUUGACACUCGUGUAGGAAACUGUUUCCUGGACACUCUGGACCGCGGAGACGGCGGUAUCUCCUGCAGCGCUGAGAUCGGAGUGGGUGUGACCCGCGCGUCCUGUUGUUGCUCUCUGGGCGGAGCUUGGGGCAAUCCCUGCGAACUCUGCCCUCUCCUUAACUCAACCGAAUACAAAACUCUGUGUCCUGGGGGAGAGGGCUUCCGGCCGAACCCCAUCACAGUCAUUCUGGAGGAUAUAGAUGAAUGUCAGGAGCUGCCCGGUUUGUGUCAGGGUGGAAAUUGCAUCAACACGUUUGGCAGUUUCCAGUGCGAGUGUCCGGCCGGGUACUACCUCAACGAUGAGACCCGCAUCUGUGAAGAUAUCGAUGAGUGCACGGCGCACAUCGGCAUCUGUGGACCCGGAACGUGCUACAACACGCUGGGUAACUACACCUGCGUCUGUCCGCCAGAGUACAUGCAGGUGAACGGCGGAAACAACUGCAUGGAUAUGAGAAAGAGCGUGUGCUAUCGGAACUUUAACGACACCUGUGAGAACGAGUUGUCCUUUAAUAUGACGAAGAAAAUGUGCUGUUGUGCAUAUAAUGUCGGCAAAGCCUGGAACAGACCCUGUGAGGCCUGUCCGACCCCUGCUACCUCGGAGUACCAGCUCUUGUGCGGAAAUCAGCCUCCUGGUUUUAUUAUCGACAUUCAUACUGGAAAACCAAUCGAUAUCGACGAGUGUCGCGAGAUUCCGGGUAUCUGCACUAACGGAGUGUGCAUCAACCAGAUCGGAAGUUUCCGAUGCGAAUGUCCCAUGGGUUUCAGCUAUAACAACAUCCUGCUCAUUUGUGAAGAUAUCGACGAGUGCACCAGUGGCGACAACCUGUGCCAGCGUAACGCCAAUUGUAUCAACAUCCCCGGCAGCUACCGCUGCGAAUGCUCGGAUGGAUUUAAGCUCUCUCCCAGUGGUGCUUGUGUUGAUCGUAACGAGUGUCAGGAGAUCCCGAACGUUUGCAGUCACGGAGAGUGUAUCGACACGCAGGGCAGUUAUCGUUGUCUGUGCCACAACGGCUUCAAGACCACACCAGACCUGACCAUGUGUAUGGAUAUUGACGAGUGUGACCGACAGCCGUGUGGAAACGGUACCUGCAAGAACACAGUGGGUUCUUAUAACUGUCUGUGCUUCCCCGGGUUCGAGCUCACCCAUAAUAAUGACUGCAUGGAUAUUGACGAGUGCAGUGUGCAUGCCGGUCAGGUGUGUAGAAACGGCCAGUGUUUCAACAACAUGGGUUCCUUCAAGUGUUUGUGUACAGAUGGAUAUAAUCUCACACCAGAUGGCAAGAAUUGCGUCGAUAUCAAUGAAUGCGUGACGCUGCCGGGCACUUGUCAACCCGGUACCUGCCAGAAUCUGGACGGCUCUUUCCGAUGCAUCUGUCCACCCGGAUACGAAGUACAAAAUGACAAAUGUGUCGAUAUCAACGAGUGCAACGUGGAGCCGAACAUCUGUCAGUUUGGCACAUGUAAAAACACGCCGGGCAGCUUCCAGUGCAUCUGCCAGCCUGGUUACGUGCUAUCGGACAACGGUCGCCGAUGCUUCGAUACACGCAAGAGCUUCUGUUUCACACGUUUUGAAGCUGGUAAAUGCACCGUACCCAAACCACUGAACACCACCAAAGCCAAAUGCUGCUGCAGUCUGCUGCCGGGCGAGGGCUGGGGCGACCCCUGUGAGCUGUGCCCGCGAGAGAGUGAGGCUGCGUUUGACACUUUGUGUCCCUAUGGCCAUGAAGCCGUCCCAAGACCUGGAGACAUGGGACGUGAAGACAUGAACGAGUGCGUUGAAAACCCGGGAAUCUGCGGUAACGGCUUGUGCAUUAAUACUGACGGCUCGUUCCGCUGUGAGUGUCCAUUUGGCUAUAACCUGGACUACACGGGCGUCAACUGCGUGGAUACUGAUGAAUGCUCCAUCGGGAAUCCUUGUGGAAAUGGCACUUGUACGAAUGUUCAGGGUGGAUUUGAGUGCUCAUGUCAUGAGGGUUUUGAACCCGGACCCAUGAUGACCUGUGAAGACAUCAACGAGUGCGCAGUGAACCCCCUCCUCUGCGCUUUCCGCUGUGUUAACACCUUUGGCUCGUACGAGUGCAUGUGCCCUACGGGAUACGUGCUGCGCGAUGACAACCGCAUGUGUCGAGAUCAGGACGAGUGUGCUGAAGGGAUUGAUGACUGUGCGUCCAGAGGCAUGGCUUGCAAGAACCAGAUCGGCACCUUCAUGUGUAUCUGUCCACCUGGCAUGACCCGACGCCCUGAUGGAGAGGGCUGCAUGGACCUCAAUGAGUGCCGCACUAAGCCUGGAAUCUGUAAGAAUGGUCGCUGUGUCAACACGGUGGGCAGUUACCGCUGUGAAUGUAACGAGGGUUUCGAGCCAAGCUCAACGGGCACAGAAUGCAUGGAUAACAGGAAGGGCUUCUGUUUCACUGAGGUUUUGCAGACGAUGUGCCAGCAGUCUUCCACCAACCGCAACACCGUUACCAAGUCAGAGUGCUGCUGUAAUGGCGGGCGCGGCUGGGGUUCACUGUGUGAGCUGUGCCCGCUGCCUGGCACAGUACAGUACAAGAAGAUGUGCCCACUCGGACCGGGAUACACCACUGAUGGCAGAGAUAUCAAUGAAUGUGAGGUGAUGCCCAACUUGUGUAAGAAUGGUCAGUGUAUGAACAGUAUUGGCUCUUUCCGCUGUCACUGUAACGUGGGUUACACCACUGACUUCACUAGCACCUCCUGUGUUGAUGCGGACGAAUGCUCUCAAUCGCCCAAACCGUGUAACUUCCUGUGCAAGAACACAGAAGGCAGUUACCUGUGCUCGUGUCCCAGAGGAUACAUCCUACAGCCCGACGGGAAGACAUGCAAAGACUUGGACGAAUGCUCAACCAAGCAACACAACUGUCAGUUCCUGUGCGUCAACACGAUUGGUGGCUUUACCUGUAAAUGCCCUGCGGGCUUCACGCAGCACCAGACUGCUUGCAUAGACAACAACGAAUGCAGCGGUCAGCCAAGCGCGUGCGGUUCCCGCGCCUCCUGCCUCAACACUCCCGGCAGCUUCAACUGCGAGUGUCAGAAGGGCUUUUCUCUGGAUCCAACCGGGAUCAACUGCGAGGAUGUCGAUGAAUGUGGAGGAAACCACCGUUGUCAGCACGGUUGUCAGAACAUGUUAGGAGGAUUUCGCUGUGGCUGCCCGCAGGGUUACGUUCAACACUACCAGUGGAACCAGUGUGUGGAUGAGAAUGAAUGUUCCGGGAACCAGGUCUGCGGGUCGGCGUCUUGCUAUAACACUUUGGGCAGCUAUAAAUGCGUGUGCCCAUCAGGCUUUGACUUUGAGGCCACGGCUGGGGGCUGCCAGGAUGUUAAUGAAUGCUCCCUGGGCAACAACCCCUGCAGCUACGGCUGCUCCAACACAGAUGGAGGAUACUUGUGCGGAUGCCCCGGAGGCUUCUACCGAGCAGGACAAGGGCACUGCAUCACAGGUGUUGGUUUCCAGGGUCAGUUUGCUGCGGAGGGAGAAGACGACGAAGACGCCCUCUCACCGGAGGCCUGCUAUGAAUGCAAGAUUAAUGGUGACCAUGGAAAGAAAGGCCGUCCUAGGCGUAAUGCUGGUGAUAAUGAGCUCAAGGAGACCGUGAGCAUGGCCAGCAUGGAUGUUCAGACCUCCAUCCCCAUGAACCUGAGCCUGGCACAGCUGCAGAACAAGGAACCCCUGCUGGAGCUGCUUCCUGCACUGGAACCCCUCGAGCACCAUGUGCGCUACAUCAUAACGCACGGCAACCAGGGCGAACACUUCCGUCUGCUGGAGCGCCGUGACGGGAAGAGCGUUCUGCGGUUGGGUCGGAAGCCACCAGGCCCAGGCUUGUACCGCCUGGAAAUCGCCAGCUUACCGUUGUUCGGUCCACGCAAACUUCAGCAACUGGAGGACCAACAUGACAGCAAUUACCUUGUGGGCGAGAUCGGCGACGCACUGCGCAUCAAGCUGCACAUCCACCUGCACUGAGACUGCCUGAAACCUAACCCCUUGACCCCAGGCCCUUUACCGGAGGGCAUUAGCUCUGAGAAACUGUGUCCAUUUAACACAAAUUAUUUUGUUUUGCUUUGUAUUUGACGCCCUUCUACGCCAACCACCACUGAUUUCAUUGUUUUAGUGAAGCAGAUUGUAGUCAGGUUUGGUGGAAUACAUACAAACACCACCUUAAGUUGACAGGCAUGCUUUAGCACUAUCAUUAGCCGUUAGCAUUAGCACCCACUUUUAACGGAGGGACAAUCAAGUAUUUGUCGUAAGGGCUAUUAUGUUUUAAUAUGGUUGUUACAGUUGUAAACUGUCAAAAUGAUUAUGAAAUGACAUAACAUUUCAGUCUUUAGUGCACAUAAAAACAUUGCAGUAUAUAGACCAAUUAUGAAUUUUCAAUCACCUCGUUGUAACUUGUGCUGGGGUCAAAAGGUAUUCCAUUCAGUAUUUAGCAUUGUUCGUCAAGUAUUGUACUGUUUUUGAAGAAAGAAAAUCAUCACACAAAGGACUGCAGCAACUACCACAUUUUUUCAGGUUUUAACAAGAGUUCGAAAACUCUUGAGGAGACAGUGUAGCAAUAUGAAUCUUGAAGCUCAAACGUGAUUUUUGGGGCUUUCUGGAGUGUUAUGAUGAGCUGCCACAUUGUGUUACCUCAUUUCACACAUGCACAAGGACACAUACAUACAGCAUUUUGGACAGGAGUGGUGCUAAAUGCUUCCAAUUGCACUGAACCUGCUACGAAUGCUGAAUACACAGUGUAUUUAAUCAGGGAAAUGGCGACUAAUGUCCAAAGGGUUUUCAAAUAUGCAUGCAAUCUAGCACAAAAAAAAACAAAAAAAAGUUGCAUUUGCAUUUAUGCAUUUGCUACGUUUGAGUUUCUUCUCCAUACUUCUGUGCCUAGAGUGCUUCGUAUUUGACAAAGGCACUCUUUACAAACAGAGCACAUGCAAAUGGAGUAUGCCUGAUGGGUAAACCAACCAGCAGCCAUUUUUGAUUGCAGCUGGAGUCAUGCAUUCUCAAUGGUACAUACGGAUUGUUUGGCAAGCCAUCCUCCAAAUACACUCCAGAUGUGGACAUGUAAACACAAUUUUCCAACCUGUGUGGAAACUACAGCCAACCCUCAUUUAUUUCCGCAGGAUUCGAGGAAACAAGGUGCUAAAAUUCCAACUUACGCUGUACUACGAAAAUGCUUGAUUAGUUGAUUGCAAACGUGCUAUUUUUAAAGGUCUUGUUUUUUUUUUUAUUUUGUGAUUGUCUUCUGUACUGUCUCAAUGCUGAAAAAAAAAAAUCAAUAUUAUCGAAAUGCUUGUUAAAAAUUAAAUUUGUAUAUUUUAAAGUGAAAUGUAGAUUUUGUUCGUCCGUUUUGUAUUCUUGAGCAUCAAGACUGACGAACCAAAUAUUUACUUGUAAACGUGUGAUAAAUAGCCUUUAAGUGCUGUUGACUGUUUUUCUCUGAAGAAAAUGAACGAACAAUUCAUCCUUAAGUAACUGUCACCGAAGGCACUACGUGACAGACACCACUGUUUACAUGAAGUUGUCCUUCAAGCAACGUUAGAAUAAUAUGGUUUGUUGCGAUGACCAUCAACACGUCCUGCAUUCAAUCUUCAGGACAUUUGAUUUAAAUGAGUAACUUGGUGCUAAAAUUACGAAAUUGCUUUUCAAACAUCAAGGUAACUGCACUGUACAACAGCCUGAGCUAUAUUUAUGCAUAACCAUUUGUCUAACAUGGGAACUUUGUACACUUUCAUAUCUCUUUUUUUUUUUUUUUUGAUGCCACUACAUAUUAACAAACAAAUGUGCAUGACUGUACUAUAUUUCAAAUAUCAGAAGCAAACUUGAAAUUAUUGUCAUCAAGCUGUAGUGUUGAGAUUCAAACUUCAGACCAAAGAAAGAGGACUUGUGUGCUUGAGAUAACAUUGAACUUUCAAUUCUAAUAAAUAUCUGAGAAAUAUAGAGAAAUCUGAACAAAUGUUUAUUUUAUUUUUACAAGCCAUACAGAUCCAUGAUGGGGACAAGCACCCUUUACACUAAUUCCAAAUGCAUUGUUUUUAUACUGCAAAAAAAAAUCCCAUUUUCGAUUGGAUCCAUCCAUCUGUCAUUCACACAAGAUUUGUAAACAUCUGUAAGAAAUAACUGGCAAUAAAACAACGUGGGUUAUAUUUUUAAACCUUUGUCUUUCCAUUCUUUGUCAGCAGUGUAUUUUUAGCAACAUUAAGGAGAUUUAACGAGUGUAUUGAAGUAGAAAUGGCUUAUUGAUCUUGGAAAGGUAGAAGGCAUCUGCUCCAGUACAUUUUGUCUACUGAGGAUAUUGGAGAUUGAAGUGAAUUUAGUUUUUACUUCAAGGAAUUGCACCAGCUUAACAAAAAUGAAUUAGGAAAAUAUCCAAUCUACUUACAAAACUCACAAAGCAAUGCAGGUUCCUCCAUUUUUGAAACAUACAAUAAUCUUGGCACAUUACGUAUGACACUCUUGGUACAUCCGUCCUAUUAGAAGACAACACGUUGGCGAAAGGGAACUUCAAAUCUGAGUCUGGAUACAAAAAUAAAGUAUUUCUGCUGCUUCUAAUUCUCAUUAGUUCACAACAGUUUCAGAAAGCUUGGCAGAUUGGCAAACAACCAAUAACAUGAACAUAUUCAAGAGAUAAGAAAAUAUGGCUUAUGUACAUAUAGUAAAAGGAGACACAGGACAGGAAAGAACCAAACAACAACAUUACAAGGAAUGACAUUCAGUUCAGAAGUCUUAAAGGGUUUUUCGCUCCUGUAAACACAACCUAGGGAGCACAAAUCCAGAACGUCCUCCGAAAUAUAAAGCACAAAGUUCAGAAAUGGUCUGUCGAAGGCAGAAUGCCGGACUGCUGACAAACUUCCAACAAUGCUGAAGGUUUCCUUAAAGAUGUAUUUGCUGUAAAAUAAUUACUGUUCAAAAUCAUGCUUAAUAGACAAGAAUUAUACCUAAAUGACCUUAGUCAGGGUAGAUGGCAUAUUUAAUUUGACACAAAUGAAUAAAAAAGGGUGGAAAAUACAUUCCAUUCAUUGGGCAUCAUUAAUGAAACACAAGCAAAAUUAAAUUUUACGCAACUCAUUUGUAAAACCAUUCUUAUGCAAAAUUAUCACAUUCAUUUCAAUGCAACAAUUUAAGUAAUGCGACAGCACUAACCGAACGAAUUUCCGUAAAUCGUUCAGAAAACCGUUCUUGCGUAAACUAUCACAUUCAGUGCAAUGUGGCAAUUUAAGUAAUGCGGCAGCACUAAACGAACAAAUUUGCGUAAAUCGUUCUAAAACCAUAUUAACAUAAACUGUCACAUUAAAUUCAACGCAACAAUUUAAGUAAUGCGACAGCACUAACUGAACGAAUUUGCGUAAAUCUUUCAGAAAACAAUUCUUGCGUAAACUGUCACAUUCAAUGCAAUGUGGCAAUUUAAGUAAUGCGGCAGCACUUAACGAACGAAUUUGCGUAAAUCGUUCUAAAACCAUAUUAACAUAAACUGUCACAUUAAAUUCAACGCAACAAUUUAAGUAAUGCGACAGCACUAACUGAACGAAUUUGCGUAAAUCUUUCAGAAAACAAUUCUUGUGUAAACUGUCACAUUCAAUGCAAUGUGGCAAUUUAAGUAAUGCGGCAGCACUAAACGAACGAAUUUGCGUAAAUCGUUCUAAAACCAUAUUAACAUAAACUGUCACAUUAAAUUCAACGCAACAAUUUAAGUAAUGCGGCAGCACUAACCGAACAAAUUUGCGUAAAUCUUUCUAAAACCAUAUUAAUAUAAACUGUCACAUUAAAUUCAACGCAACAAUUUAAGUAAUGCGACAGCACUAACUGAACGAAUUUGCGUAAAUCUUUCAGAAAACAAUUCUUGUGUAAACUGUCACAUUCAAUGCAAUGUGGCAAUUUAAGUAAUGCGGCAGCACUAAACGAACGAAUUUGCGUAAAUCGUUCUAAAACCAUAUUAACAUAAACUGUCACAUUAAAUUCAACGCAACAAUUUAAGUAAUGCGACAGCACUAACUGAACGAAUUUGCGUAAAUCUUUCAGAAAACAAUUCUUGCGUAAACUGUCACAUUCAAUGCAAUGUGGCAAUUUAAGUAAUGCGGCAGCACUAAACGAACAAAUUUGCGUAAAUCGUUCUAAAACCAUAUUAACAUAAACUGUCACAUUAAAUUCAACGCAACAAUUUAAGUAAUGCGACAGCACUAACUGAACGAAUUUGCGUAAAUCUUUCAGAAAACAAUUCUUGCGUAAACUGUCACAUUCAAUGCAAUGUGGCAAUUUAAGUAAUGCGGCAGCACUAAACGAACAAAUUUGCGUAAAUCGUUCUAAAACCAUAUUAACAUAAACUGUCACAUUAAAUUCAACGCAACAAUUUAAGUAAUGCGACAGCACUAACUGAACGAAUUUGCGUAAAUCUUUCAGAAAACAAUUCUUGUGUAAACUGUCACAUUCAAUGCAAUGUGGCAAUUUAAGUAAUGCGGCAGCACUAAACGAACGAAUUUGCGUAAAUCGUUCUAAAACCAUAUUAACAAACUGUCACAUUAAAUUCAACGCAACAAUUUAAGUAAUGCGGCAGCACUAACCGAAUGAAUUUGCGUAAAUCGUUCUAAAAACAUAUUAACAUAAACUGUCACAUUAAAUUCAACGCAACAAUUUAAGUAAUGCGACAACACAAACAACGAAUUUGCGUAAAUCGUUCUAAAACCAUAUUACAUAAACUGUCAUUAAAUUCAACAACAAUUUAAGUAAUGCGACAGCACUAACACAAUGAAUUUGUGUAAAUCGUUCUAAAACCAUAUUAACGUAAAUUGUCAUUAAAUUCAACGCAACAAUUUAAGUAAUUCGACAACACAAACAAAACAAAUUUGUGUUAAUUGUUUAUAAAACAAUUCUUAUGUACAUUGUUACAUUCAAUUCACCACUUAAGUUUAUGAGACAGCACUAACAGAACAAAUGUGUAAAUCACUUUUAAAACCAUUCUAACGUAAAUCGUCCAAUUCAACGCAAUUCGGCAAUUAAUAUAAAGCAACAAUACAAACAGAACAAUAUUGUGUAAAUCACUUUUAAAACCACUCUGAAGUAAAUCGUAACAUUCAAUUCAAUGUUUUACUAGCUAAUCGAUUAACACGACAACAACACAACCCAUUGAACAAUGUACUCCAUUUGUGCCACGUUAAAGAUGCCGUCUACCUCUGAUUAAAGUCCUUAGGGGAGUUAAAAUCUUGGAUUCGUAACAUCAACUACAGUUAUCUACAGUAAUUAUAAUUAUAAGAUAUCUACAGUGGUUCACCUAGAAACUGAGAAGUGUAGUCACAGUUCACAGUGAGUAUUGUGCAGGUCUGCCUGAAUUUUACAGUAUGCGAUGCUCCACACAAUUUCAUUCUAGAUGUUGGUAUAGAACAGUCAGUGUUUGUUACUGAUUUAGUCUUUUUUUGAAUUCUAGAUGGAGGUUUUGUGCCCCUGAGGAAACAGCUAAAGCAUCGGAAAUCGACAACCCUGUUAAUUCAGACAUGGUGGGAAAUCAGCAUCCAGUAGGAAUUUACAUUUAUGAAUUCACCAGACAACAAAGCGAAUUAAAAGAGAAUUCAAGGUAUACAUGUUGUCGGUCUGUGUUUCUGUGUUUCCGGGGAAUCUAACCCAUGACCUUUGCGUUGUUAGUGCCAUGCUAUACCAGUUAAAGUUGGCCCACAGAUUGGGCUAAGGCAGAGGAUUGAGGUGUCUUUAGGUCCCUUGGUUUUGGGACUACA